GUUUGUUUUAUGAGCUGCAGAAUAAUAAUAUUCAGGCGGAAAUGGCCUUCCGUGAGGGUAAGAAGCUACUGCAAGCACAGCUUGCCAAGGAGAGGAGCAUCCCUGAGGCUGCUGAUAGGACGUAUGAAGAUGUGGCCGGGAAAAAGCUCUUGCCCUCGGCUGCUCCCCUCCCGGUACCGUCCGAGCUCACCGCCGAGAGGGUUCCAGAUGGCUCAGCUGACAAACUGCCAGAGGUGGUGGAGCCUGCCUUGGUCUGCGUGGCACUCGAGGAAGAAGCUACUGCACCGGAGGAACCCCCAAAAGCACCAUCCCCUGGUUCUGGACUUAGCCAACCUCCCUGCACAAUCUUCAUGAAGGCAGUGGAAUUCCUGAUGAAAGUCAAUGCUGUCCAGUUUGUUCACAGGGCACUCGCCCACGAGCUGCUGAGCCUUCAGGGAGGUCCCUCCUGUGCAUACUACCUGGCACUGGCCCAGACUUACUUGCUGAAGGAGGAUUUCUCCAACUGCGAAGGAUGUCUCUGCGAGGCCGUUAGGAUUGACUACAUGAAUCCAAAUGUCUGGGCUCAGAAAGGGCACCUGUGCUACCUGAAAAGGGACUUUGGUGAGGCAAAGGAGUGCUACGAGCGAACCAUCAGUUUUGUGGAGGAUGCUGCGGAUAUGCACUUCAUCUAUCUGCGCCUGGGCUCCAUCUACCUGGAAGAGAAAGAGUACGGCCGGGCGAAGCAGACCUACCUGCUUGCCUGCGAGGACUCUGCAUCCUGUCUCACCUGGCUGGGGGUGGGAAUUGCCUGCUACAGGCUGGAAGAGAUGGUGGAGGCAGAGGAUGCUCUUUCUGAAGCCAAUGCCCUAAAUAACACCAACGCUGAAGUGUGGGGAUAUCUCACCCUGUUGUUUCUGCAGGGGGGGCGGCAGCUGGAGGCAGAGCAGUGCUACAAA